GAGAGAGAGAGAGAGAGAGAGAUGAAGGCAUCUCUCAUGUCCCUUGCCUUCUCCUUCCUCCUAUUUGGGUUACCUUUGAAUGUGAAUUCACAAUCAGAUUCAUGCACCUCUACUCUUAAUCCCAAUCUCAUAGGUCAACUUCCCUUUGAUCCAACCUCUUUCCAUUGCCGAGCAGUAUGGGGUGCUCAAGGUUACAUCCUCAGAUAUUCCCAAACAGCACCAACUGUGUGGAGCUUUGUUGUCUCAGCACCCAACACAAAUUCAUACGUAGCAAUGGGGUUUUCGCCGGACGGCAACAUGGUCGGCUCGAGCGCCGUCGUGGGAUGGGCGGCGGAUAACGGCGUUGCUAUGAUGAAAAGGUAUUAUCUAGGUGGUCAAUCAACAAAUCUUGUGGUUCCUGAUCAAACAAAACUACAGUUUGCCGGCAAUUCAUCUUCGAUCAUUACUGCAUCAUCAACUAUAUACAUGGCCUUCCAGUUGAACACCAGCCAGCCGGAGACACGGCUGAUAUACGCCGUUGGACCGACCGGAAUUCUGCCGUCGCCGCCAGGCUUUCGAUUGACGCAACACAGUCAAGAGAUAUCCACUAGUAUAAAUUAUGCCACAGGUCAAAGCCAACAGCAAAGCCCCUAUGCAAGUCUGAAGAGGACCCAUGGGAUACUGAACAUGUUAGGUUGGGGUAUUUUAUUGGCAAUGGGAGCCAUGGCUGCUCGAUACCUGAAGCAAUGGGAUCCAAUCUGGUUCUAUUCUCAUACUCUCUUCCAAUCAUUUGGAUUCAUCCUCGGAGUUGCAGGUAUCAUCUGUGGAUUCGUCUUGAAUGAUCGUCUCCAAAGCAACGUUAAUAAGCACAAAGGGCUUGGGAUCUUCAUUCUCAUUCUUGGAUGCCUCCAGGUUUGUCCAUUUGUCUUUCUAUUAUCAAGUCAGUGUUCGGCAUUAUAUCCGUGAUAAGUAUGUAACAAGUCCUAGGUAAACCCAUGUCUAUUUAUUAACUAUGUUGUGUUUAGAUCGACACCCAUAACGCGAAAUGGAGGACUAAAUUUCAGUUCAUUUCGGGGAUAAAGCUUACUACUAGUAUUCUUUUUUUUUUGGGGAGGGGGGGGUAAGUAAAUCUAAGCAUUGUUGUUUAUGUUACACACAGGUUAUGGCGUUUUUGGCAAGACCGGAAAAGGAAUCAAAAGUAAGAAAAUACUGGAAUUGGUACCAUUAUUCAACGGGAAGGAUUUUGAUAUUCUUGGCUGCGGUUAAUGUUUUCUACGGAAUACAUUUAGGCAAUGCAGGAAGUGGAUGGAAUGCUGGUUAUGCCGUUGCUCUUGUCGUCUUGUUUAUUGUCGCUGUUAUUUUAGAGUUGAGGUUGUGGAUGAGAAAAUAACAUGUUUUUUUUUUUUUGUAAUUGACUUUAUGUUUUCCAUUGUUUCUGUUUAUG